AUGGUUGAUAACGCAAGAACCUGCUUGAAUCGUAAACCAGCCACAUUCCAAUUUUAUCUCAAUGAUUUAUUUGGAAAUGAUUUCAAUACCAUCUUCAAGUCACUCCCUGACUUCUAUACAAGAUUGGUAGAAGAUAAUGGUCACAAAAAUGAAACUCCUAGAAGAAGCCUUCGGGAAGUAAUUAGCCUAACACUCAAUGACAUGCUCUUGGAGGUUUUGAUUGAAGACGAAAAACUGGACUCAUUUAACAUACCAGUGUAUGAACCUACAGUUGAGGAAAUUAGGCAUGUCAUUCUGGAAGAAGAGUCAUUGUUUCUUCAAAGACUAGAUAUUUUCACCAUGUCUUGGGAUGAAGGUAUAAAUGAUUCUUUUCUAGAUGGAAAUAUAAGAGCCGAAUUCGUAGCCAAAUACACAAGAGCUGUAAUGGAGCGCCUCUUUUAUCUGCAAAGUUCGAGGCAAAAGUUGUAA